CGGGCGCCACCGACCACCCCGCUGGCUACUGGCAAGGAGAUGGCCGAGGGCGCUGCAAGCCAGGAGGAGCAGAGUCCCGAGGCUCCGGACUCCCCCAGCCCUAUCUCUAGCUUUUUCAGCGGGUCUGGGAGCAAGCAGCUGCCGCAGGCCAUCAUCAUCGGCGUGAAGAAGGGCGGUACGCGGGCGCUGCUGGAGUUCCUGCGCGUGCACCCCGAUGUGCGCGCGGUGGGUGCCGAGCCCCACUUCUUCGAUCGCAGCUACGACAAGGGCCUCGCCUGGUACCGGGACCUGAUGCCCAGAACCCUGGACGGCCAGAUCACCAUGGAGAAGACGCCCAGCUACUUCGUGACGCGGGAGGCGCCCGCGCGCAUCUCGGCCAUGUCCAAGGACACCAAGCUCAUCGUGGUGGUGCGCGACCCGGUGACCAGAGCCAUCUCGGACUACACGCAGACGCUGUCCAAGCGGCCCGACAUCCCCACCUUCGAGAGCCUGACGUUCCGGAACAGGAGCGCGGGCCUCAUCGACACGUCGUGGAGCGCCGCCAAGCACCUGGGGCACUGGCUGCGCCACUUCCCGCUGGGCCAGAUGCUGUUCGUCAGCGGGGAGCGGCUCAUCAGCGACCCGGCCGGGGAGCUGGGCCGCGUGCAGGACUUCCUGGGCCUCAAGAGGAUCAUCACGGACAAGCACUUCUACUUCAACAAGACCAAGGGCUUCCCCUGCCUGAAGAAGGCCGAGGGCAGCAGCAAGCCCCACUGCCUGGGCAAAACCAAAGGCAGGACGCACCCCGAGAUCGACCGCGAGGUGGUGCAGAGGCUGCGCGAGUUCUACCGGCCUUUCAACUUGAAGUUCUACCAGAUGACCGGGCACGACUUCGGCUGGGAUUGAACAGACUCGGGCUAUGUAACUGACCACGUGGCUUAUCUAUUGAGAGAGAUUAUAUGUAUGUAAAAUGUACAGAAAUCUAUUUUAUAAUAAUUUAUUUUUAAUUCA